CGCGUGGGUUCCAGCCAAACUCCACGGCCGCACGGAGAGCACCCCGUCGAGCUCAAGUAAAAGCCCAUUUGAAAACGCUGCUCUGUUUCCACACAGUGCGGCCACGUCGUAGGGUUUUGCUUCCCCCGGCGGUAAAGCGGAGGAGGCGGGGGCGGAGGGGCGCGGCGACCGACCGCCGCCCGGCCAUGGAGAUCGGGCAGUACCCCGCGAGCGGCUGCUCCAAGGAGCACCAGAAGAUCUACCAGGAGUGGUUCGCGCUCGCGGACUCAGAUGGGGAUGGCCGCAUCACGGGCCCCGACGCCAUCAAGUUCUUCGGCAUGUCCAAGCUCUCCCGCCCCGACCUCAAGCAGGUCUGGGCUAUCGCGGACUCCAGGCGGCAGGGGUACCUGGGUUUCCCCGAAUUCGUCGCGGCAAUGCAGCUAGUCUCUUUGGCGCAAGCGGGGAAUGAGAUCACUCAGGAUAGCCUUAAGCGCGAUGAUUUGAGCAGUUUGAAUCCACCUGUGAUGGAAGGUUUGGAUGCUCUACUCGCGAAAUCUAAGCAUGUGGUGAAGCGGGUUGAUCCGGAAAUGGAUGGAUUUCCUCAGGAACAAUCACCUUUAACAAACAAAUGGUUCAGCUCAAAGUCAUCAAAGAAGAUACCGCUGACAGCUGUUACUUCUGUCAUUGAUGGCUUGAAAAAAUUAUAUAUCGAAAAGCUGAAGCCUUUGGAAGUUACAUACAAAUUCAAUGAUUUUGUUUCCCCUUUGCUGACGAGUAGUGAUUUUGAUGCAAAGCCAAUGGUUAUGCUCUUAGGUCAAUAUUCUACUGGUAAAACAACUUUUAUCAAGCAUCUGCUAAGAACAAGCUAUCCAGGUGCCCAUAUUGGACCAGAGCCAACAACGGACAGAUUUGUUGUUGUCAUGUCAGGAUCUGACGAAAGGACUAUUCCUGGGAAUACUAUUGCUGUUCAAGCCGACAUGCCUUUUAGUGGUCUUACAACAUUUGGGACUGCAUUUUUAUCCAAGUUUGAGUGCUCUCAGAUGCGACAUCCACUGCUAGAGCAUAUCACAUUUGUCGACACACCUGGUGUUCUUUCUGGUGAGAAGCAACGCACACAACGUAGCUAUGAUUUCACUGGUGUGACAUCAUGGUUUGCUGCGAAGUGUGAUCUUAUUCUUCUUCUGUUUGAUCCUCAUAAGCUUGAUAUCAGUGAUGAGUUCAAACGUGUCAUCGGAUCUUUACGUGGGCAUGAUGAUAAAAUACGUGUAGUUUUGAACAAAGCUGAUCAAGUAGACACUCAACAGCUUAUGAGAGUUUAUGGUGCAUUGAUGUGGUCUCUUGGCAAAGUAUUGAAUACACCUGAGGUUUCACGUGUUUAUAUUGGGUCAUUCAAUGACAAACCAGUAAAUGAAUCAGCUGUUGGUCCACUUGGAAAGGAACUAUUUGAGAGAGAGCAAGAUGAUCUCCUUUCUGAUCUCAAAGAUAUCCCCAAGAAAGCAUGUGAUCGUCGGAUCAAUGAAUUUGUUAAACGUGCUAGAGCUGCUAAGAUCCAUGCUUAUAUAAUUGGCCAUCUAAAGAAGGAGAUGCCUACAAUGAUGGGCAAAGCAAAAGCCCAACAACGACUCAUAGACAAUUUGCAGGAUGAGUUUGCAAAGGUGCAACGGGAAUACCAUCUUCCGGCAGGGGAUUUCCCUUAUGUGGAGCACUUCAAAGAGGUCUUGAGCGGGUAUAGCUUCGACAAGUUUGAGAAAGUCAAGCCCAAGAUGAUACAGGCGGUGGAUGAUAUGCUUGGAUAUGACAUUCCAGAACUUCUCAAGAACUUCAGGAAUCCCUACGAGUGAACCCAUACAGGCAGUUCAAAGAUGACUUUUGUCUGCACCAUAAUGAGGGACUGAGCAUGGGGGCACAGAUUGCUGCUGCCUCCCGUAGCGCUGGAAUUGUCAGGCAACGUGAAUCAUCCGGUCAAGGUCAUGUGGGGCGUUAUUUGCCAUUCAUUGUUGUAAUGCAUAAGAAUCGGAGAGCCAUUGCUCAAGCUUUCACGGAACAUGUGGUCAUGUAAAAUCGACUAAAUAGUGAUCUUUAGUGUUAUACAGCUGCACUCAUUGUUUCUCCCAAUGAGUAUUUAUUCCUUUUUUUGGGAACAACUGGAAUAACGCAGUUCUCUCGAAGUGUCAAUUAUCAGUGCGUGAAGAAUCUUGGACCAGCGUGGGGCGUUGCCCUGGUCAUGGCUCCUUGUUUUGUUGUA